GGAACCGACACGAAGAAAACUAUGUCCGAGUCUCCGUACCAACUCUCUUCUUCUUCUUCUUUCGAUCUGACCCGGUUUUACUUCUCUCUUAAUCGAAUCAAUUGGUUCGCAUCUUCCAGACGAACCCUUUUUUUUUAAAAAAGGAGAGAUUUUUGAUUGAUUCAUAGGACUCCAUGGACAUUCCUAGCUCUUGGGAUGAGUUACGGAAACAGGCUAGAAAGAUUGAAGCUCAGCUCGACGAGCAGAUGCAUUCGUACCGCAGGCUUGUUUCCACUAAGUCAGAUGGUGCAGCGAGUGAUCUUGAAGCUGGGAUUGACUUACUACUAAGGCAGCUUCAACAAGUUAAUGCUCAGAUGCAAGCGUGGGUUUCUUCUUUUGGCUCUGAGAUGGUCUCUCAUACCUUGACUCGACAUCAGGAGAUCUUUCAAGAUCUCACACAUGAGUUUCAUCGACACCGCUCCAGUCUUAAAGCAAAACAAGAGCGUGCUUCACUUCUUGAGGACUUUAAAGAAUUUGAUCGGACUAGACUAGACUUAGAAGCUGGGGAUGGGUCGUCAGAGCAAGCACUGCUCAAAGAACAUGUGGGUAUCAACCGCAAUACAGCGCAGAUGGAUGGUGUCAUUUCACAAGCUCAGGCAACACUUGGUACACUUGUGUUUCAACGUUCAACUUUUGGAGGAAUCAACUCAAAGCUUGGCAAUGUCACUAGCCGUCUACCCACGGUGAACACUAUUCUGUCAGCGAUAAAGAGGAAAAAGUCGAUGGAUACAAUCAUUCUUUCACUUGUUUCGGCUGUAUGCACAUUUCUCAUAUUCAUCUACUGGUUAUCCAAGUAAAAUUUGCACAUUUCUUUCGAUUCAUCUCUCUGUUGAGCCGCGUCUGGUUUUCCAGUGAUGUAAAUUUGUUUUGGCAUCACCUAUGUUCUAGUAAAAAUCUAAAGAUCAAAAACAUAUAUAUUUCGUGUACAUCAAGCAAACUGCAUCCCUAUCCUUGUAAUUUAGACGAGCUUAUACAAGUACAACCAUCAAUUUAUCUCAUCGAAUACUAUAUU